UUGUCAAGUGAGAAGAGAGGAAAAAUGGCGGAUGAAAACGAGGAUCAAUGGUUAUAUGGAGAUUCAACUGAUGGAAAAGAAUAUACACCGACAUCCGUUCAACCAGAAAACCAAGAAAAUGAUUCAAUUCCUGCUACAAUACAAGAAAAGUCAGAAAUCUUGGAAGAUCAGAAAACAGAAAAUGUUAUUGAUCCACCAACAGAGCCAUCUGAAGAGGCAGAACCACCAGAAGAAGAAUCUUCACCAACUAAUAAUAUUCCAAAUGAAAAUAAUACGGAAAUAAACAAAAAUGGAAUAAGAGAAGCUUCCAGUCAAGAAGAUGGAGAAGCUGCUAGUGAUUCAGAUUCCGAUGAUGAUGUACAUGUUGUUAUUGGUGAUAUUAAAUCAACUCCUGCAUAUGGUAGUCUCAAUAUUAAAAGAGGAGGAUUGCUCACAAAUGCAUCAGGUGUACCAGAUAAAUUAAAUAAACAACCAGGAAAAUUUAGUAUAGAUGAAUUUGAAACUAUAGGAGUUAUCAAUGGCAUGCCUGCUCAUGAGUUUAAUUUAGAUCAAUUAGAAGAUAAACCUUGGAGACAGCCUGGUGCUGAUAUUACUGAUUAUUUUAAUUAUGGCUUUAAUGAAGAAACAUGGAGAGCUUAUUGUGAAAGACAAAAGAGAAUGAGAAGUGAAUCUGGAGUAGGUUUGAUAUUGAAUGCAGGGGGAGGUAGUGGUAAUGCAGGUAGUAUGAGAGUACCUCAAGUUGCAAUUACUAAUGAUAAUAGUAAAUAUUCUGGCAUAAUGGGACCAAAGAGAGCAGGACCACCUCCAGGAAGAAAAAUGGCAGGAACAAUAGAUGUAAUUGGUAGUUCAGGUUUAGCUUCAAGAAGAAAUCUUGAUAAAUCUCCACCAAAAGGAAAUGUGAUACAAGUAAUGACUGCGGAUAGGAGAGAAUAUUCUAGAAAACCAGGUUUUCCUGAUAUGAGUGUACCACCACCAGGAGCAGGAAUGCCUCCUGCAUUUGAUAUGCCUCCUCCUGGAUAUCCUGGAGAACCAGCUCCUUUUUACAUGCCUGAAACAGAUCCAUAUUAUCAAAGUUAUGAGCCUACACAAGAUAAUCAAUGGGGCAACGAUCCGACAUGGCAACCAACAAAUUUAACUAUUCCAAUGACAGAAGGGGAAGAUGAAAAAGAUACUGGUCCAAAAACAAUACCAACUAUGGUACCUCCUACAAAUAUUCCUCCUAUAAUGCCACCUAGAGAUUCUCGAGAUCGUGAAAGAGAUCGGGAGAGAGAAAGAGAUCGCGAUAGAGAAUUAGAUUCAAUGGGAAGGGACAGAGAAAGAGAUAAGGAUAGAGAUCGCGAUCGUGAAAGAGAAAAGGAUUCUAUGAUUAGAGAACGAGACAGAGAAAGAGAUUCAAUGUCACGAGAUGAAGAAAGAGAUCGUGAUAGAUCUCGAUCUCAAUAUCGACACAAAGAUCGACAUCGACAUCGAUCGAGAUCUCGGUCUCGUAGACAUAAAUCCAGGUCCCGAAGUCCAAGUCGGCGUAAGAAGAAAUCUAGACGUUCUGAAAGGGAGCGUUCUAAAGAAGAGAGCGAAUAAAAGAAAAAAUAUUUACAAAAUACCCGCGGCCACAUUGGCAUGCUGAAUAUAAAAUGCUGAGUCUUUUAAUAAUGUAACUUUUCAUAUGUUACUUUCCAGAAUAUACGUUGAUUAUUAUUUCAUAAAAUGAAUAGCAGAUGCAAUAAAUAAUUUGAUUUUACCUGAGACUACCAUAUAACAUACUCUGCAGUUCUCAUUCAUGCGUAAUCAGCAAUUUCUAACCAACAAAUAAGUUAUAAACAAUAACAAUAAACUUUACCUUUGAAGAUAUAAGAUGUUCAUUGUAAUCCUCAUAAAGAAUGCGUAAUAUUUACAUAUUAUACUAUUUAUAAUACAGGUACAUCUAGGAAGCAAACGGGAGAAAAAAAUUAUGCAGGAUACCAAAUCACUGAAAUUUUGCCAUUCAAUGUAUGGUUUUAUAUCAUAAUGUUAUUACAGAAAUGGUAUUUUAUAAUAAUUAAAAGUAAUAGUAGUUUAUUGGUAAAUCACUCGGGAGUGAAUCGAUUGAUCGAUACUCGUACCGACUCGUACAGUCGGAUAUGUAUUGAUCAAUGUGCACACAUGUUCUUUUUCUUUUUGUAAAUUUAAUUAUACCAUAUUUUUUGCAUCAAAUCUUCCCAUUUUUCAUUAUCAUUAAUAAUAUCAUCAUACAUAAUGGAAAAAAAUGUUACAUUUGUACAGCCAUAUACACGUUACAUUUAGAAUACCGUUAAUUCAUUAUCAUUUUUUUCAAGAGUGUAAGUGUGUAAAAGUGUUGUGUAAAUCUGAUGCAUUAGGUAUGCCUACGAAUGAGUAAAAUGCUAAUAAUCAAGACAAACUACCAGUAUGGCUACCUACGUUUUAAUGUCAAUUUUUUUAUUUUCGAAUAAUAAUCAUCUUGGAAUUUUGAAAAUUUAAAGAAUUUUUUGAAUUAUUUACGAUUCUAUUAAUAAAAAUUCAAAAGAAACAUAACAAAUAUUCAAUAAAAGCAAGAACGUAGAUCGCCCUACACGUAAAUUGUCUCGAAUCAUCGGUGUAGGAGAUGACAAUAAAUAUAUAUAACUUCUAAGAUAGGUAUUCCUUGAAUAUAUAUAAAAAAGAAAAAAAAUUAAGAAAAAAAAGACAAAACUCAAGCAACAGAAAGCAUACAUGUAAUUAUCAUAAUAAUUAAUUGCGUCUACUAGUUAUAAAGUUUACAAUACAAACAAAUACCAUUUAAAAAAUAUACUGUAGAAUAUUUAAUUCGAUUAAUCAAUCGCUUUUAACUUUAUUUUUUUUAAAGGAGAGCAUUUGUAGUUGUAAAAAUGCAGUUAUAUCAAUACGGUUUGUUCCUAUUUUUUAUCUUUAAUAUUCUUUUUUUUUUUUUAUUUAUUUUUUUUUUAUUUAUUUAUUUUUUUUUUUAAUAAACGAAAAAUACAACAUUCAAUACAAAGAGAUGUAUAAAAUAAUGGGAAAAUAAAAGGAAAAACAAAAAUAUAAAGAAAAACCGUGAACACUAACGACGAAAUAAGUUGAAAUAACCAUUUGAAUCAAAGAAAUCAGAAAUGCACUGGAUCCAAAGAGCCAAAUUUACAUAUGAUGACGAUCUAAAAUGUUGAAUCGAAAAAUGAAUAAGAGAACGUAGAAAUUCCUUUUGAUUUCAUUUUUUUUUUUUUUAUUCAUUUUAUUGUAAUAAGUUAUCACGACAUCCUCCUUUCACAUUAUAUUCAGAUUCGAAAAUCUUUUUUUAUUUAACGUUCUAGAAAAUAUGAAAUACAAUCGACAAAGACGCUAAUUAGUAUAUAAUAAUACCGUAACGAUGUGAAUCGUUCCUGGAAAUAGUUUUACAAUACAUAUAUAUCGGCGGAAACGCUUUGCAUGUUGUUGGUUCGACAGAACGUUUAAAGUAAAGCCGCAAAACAGAACUCUUUGGACCUGGGCAUCUUAAGAAACCGCUACCACCACGAGUCGAAAUAAAUUCGUGUAUCCCAAUCAAAGAAUCGAUCAACAGAUAAACAGGAAUGCGAUAAUUGAUGAACGAACGAACACGAUAAAUAUUUCGUUAAACAAGAAAGAAAUAAAUAAUCGAAUGAAGCUGAAAACUUAUUGCAAAGAAUUGUUUUUCUUUUAGCCUUUAUAUUGUAAAAAAUCUCGCGUGCAUCGUUUUUCGCGUACUGUUUUUUCGAAAAAUUUCGGAAUGUCGGUUCUACUAUCGACAUAAGAUUAUUUAAAAAAAUCUACGCUCUUUUUUUUUCUUUUUUUUUCUUUUUUUUUUUUUUUUUUUUUUUUACUGAGGAAUGGGUGGGUUUUUUUUCGGGGUGGCGGUUUGUAGUGGCUCUUUUUCGUCGCUAGUGCAUUUUUUUUAUAAACUGCUUUUUUUUGACAUGCUCUCUCGUUACUUUUUUCCUUUUUUUAAUUUUUACUUAAAUGGUACAAUGACGUAUUUUUUAUCAUUUUUUUUUGUUUGUAUCUUUAAUCUACUCGCACUGUUCUGCCUGCUUGUAAAAAACAUCGUCGAAAAUGAUUCUUUUCGUGGCUAUUUCAUCGUUUCUACGUUCUAUACACUAAUAUACAAGUUAUGCAAUUUUUUUGUUUUAAUCCGUAUGCCUGUCCGUCCCACUUAUCUAAUUAUCCGCUAAUAUGGAAUAUAUUUCUUGUUUUUUAUAUCCCUCUGCAUCUACCGUGUGUCCCAAAAGCCGUCACCGGCUCGUACAUUGCUCGCGCGAGUAUCGAACAACAAUUAUUUUUUUAUUAUUUUCUUUUUUUACGUUCAACGAAUGAAUAAACCGCUAUUGUGAAACCGAUAAUAAUUAACGAGAAGCUAGAAUACAAGAAGAGAGCUUUCAAAAAGUUAUUACCGUCUAUCACAAAAUUUCACAUACUUCUCCUUUUCAAGCGAUUCAAAGCAAACGCAACACGUCAAACAAUUUACAAUUACAGCUUAUACAUGCUUCGUAUAUAUUACAAACGCCUUACGAUUUAGCCGAUGAUAUCUUUUUCUUACGUUUCGCAUCAAUGAACGAUUCUUAAUUCGCAACAAUGUACACGCACGCGAUUAAAUAUAUCAGAAUAAUAAAAGUCACGAGUGACAUGACAAUUCGACGCGUGCAAGUGUAAGAGCCAGUGGCGUGGCAAACGAGUGUACGCAUACAUAUAUGACAUAUAUCUGACAAAUAUAUACGAUAUAUAUAUAUUUAUAUAUAUAUGUUCAAUUAGCCCUGCGAAUCCAUGGUUGUCUUCGUGUGACCGUGUCGAGGAAAAUGUGUUACGUGUAUCUCUGUGAGAUGAUGAAAUGAUGAGAAAAUGACGAUAUCUCUGUGAUGAGAAUAGCGCGCUACUGUACAUCAGUCUUAAUAUCAGGGCGCACCAUUCCCGUGGAUGUUACUCUACUACGUCCUUUUCGUUCUUCCUUGGUUCACGAGCGUAUCUCGUCAAUCCGAACGGGUACCAACUCCAACGGUGAACCAAGGAUAUCGCGAAACAAUUUUCUAAUUCUCGUUUUUCUUUGUUAUUCGAUUAACUGUUUGCUCGUUUAACGAAUAUAGCGCCAUGGCAGUUGAAACCGGUGGGUGCGAAGAUGAUGAAAAAAUGAAGUACACGGUGUCCCGAAUAUGUAUGCUUUUGUAUGUAUAUAUCGUGUAUAUUAUAAAUUUGUAUUCGCAAGCUUACAUCCAACGAAGAAAGAGAGAGAAGCUUUGCUUCUUCUUCGUUAAACGUUCGUAUAUACGGAUACGAUGUUCACCGAUACGAAUCUGUCUCUAAUGUCUACGUGUGUGCUGUGUGCACGCGCGCGCGCGCGCGCGCGUUUACUUGCAAAUAUGAAUGUGUGUGUAUCUGUGUGCAUGUGUAUGUAUAGGUGUAUGUAGAUCAGUGUGGAUGGGUGUGUACGAUCGAGUGUGUUCUACAAGUGGGAGGUCGCAGAUCUUUCAUAUAUAUAUAAUACAAUUAGCAUGUAGUAUUAAAAUCAUAUACAAUUGUUACAAUAUUUAAAUAGUACUUAUUACAUAUAUAUCAUAUAUCGAUAGUUUUCAAAGAUUUUAGGUAUACAUAUACAGAUAUAUAUAUAUAUUUAUAUGUAUAUAUAUGUAUAAUCAAUUAUUUAUAGGGUUGCUUAAUUGUUUUCCUCUUUCGAAUCGUACGCGUUCCCACAGGGAACCCUUUCUUGAUUUCACAUUUCAUUUUAUUUUUUGUUUCUUUAUAUAGAUGUUCUCGAGAAACCCUUAAGAAUGAGGUGGCGUGUGUCCGGGUACAGAAAGGGUGAAAGAGAAAGAGGUGAUUGUAUGUAAAGUACAAAUAUUAAAGGUUUAAAGGGAGCGCAAAGGGAUAUACGUAACGCAACGUGGGAACGCCGUUAUAUUAGUUGCAUGAUAUCUCUGUAUAUUUCGAAUCGAGCCCCGAAUGUUUUUCGAAGAACCAUAAUAUAAAACAAUAGUUAAUUUACCUUUCACUAAAUUCCGAAUAAUUGAUAGGUCUUCGUUGUGCCUCUCUGGCCAACGAUUAUAGCUAUACAAGAAUUUAGGAUAUAGGGCACAUUAAUAAAAUUUAGAUUGAAUAAAUAAAAACACCUGUUUACCAAAUACUGUCAUACGUGAUUCAUUAUAUACAGGGAUAUUACAAUACAAAAGGUGCCCCUUUGAUAAUAUUUUUCAGCGUGCGCGAAAUUUCUUAGAUACGAAUUGUGCAGCGGCGAAUUUCGAUGGUUUUCAUCCAAUUCAGUUUCAGAAUUUGGAAGUUUACACGCUUCUUUUAAGUCGAGAGAGAGAGAGAGAGAGAGAGAGAGAGAGAGAGAGAGAGAGAGAGAGAGAGA